AUGGCCGAAAUAAACAAGAAAAUCUUUGAACGCACAGGAGAAACAUUCAGAAUAAAUACAGAUGACCAAGAAAUUUUGGAUUUAUUGGAUGGUCUUCCAGUGAAGGAUGAUGCAGAACUCUGUAAAACAGUACACGAAGACGUGAAAGAUGCUUUCAUCAAAGAGAUUAUUGAAUGGAAUCCAAGUAAUCAGUUUAUGCAACAGUGCCAGAUAAUUUCAGUUGUGAGUGGCCUAUCGGUUCAAAUGGCCGAAAUAAACAAGAAAAUCUAUGAACGCACAGGAGAAACAUUCAGAAUAAAUACAGAUGACCAAGAAAUUUUGGAUUUAUUGGAUGGUCUUCCAGUGAAGGAUGAUGCAGAACCGAAGUUCGGAUUAUCACAAAGAGGGAACUUGGUCGUGCAAAUUGGCGAGUGGAGGUUCAACAAGCACGCCUGCUGGGGGUCCAAGGUACGAUGGACUUGUAUCAAGAAGAAGACAGGUUGCACCGCCGCCAUUACCACUGUAGACAACGUCAUCGUCAAAACCCUUGGAAAGCACAACCAUUGA